GCGACCGGCCUGUCUCCUCCCUGCCCGCCCUCCGCCCAGCCUCCCAACUCCCUACUUUGCGUGCCUACAAACUCUGAACUCCCAGUUCCCGUGCCUCUCCACCGCCCGGGCUCUCCACUCUGCAUCCCCAGGGUCCCUUCCCAGCGUCUCCUCCCCCAGCCCAGCUUGGGGGACCUAGCGUAUCCCGGGGGGACCGGAUCCCAGCAGGUGGAGCGGCCAGGUGAGCCCUGAAAGGUGGGGCUGGGCGGGGGCGCUCCGGGCCCCACCCCGGGAUCCGGUGACGCCAAGGCUGGAAUUUGACACCGGAUGGCGGCGGGCAUGAGGCUGCUAAGGGAUGGAGUUGGGCUCGGCCCCCAGACACGGCCCACGGGCUCUGCCAGCAGCAGGUCCCUCGGGCCCCAGCCCUCACUGCGUCCCGGACCCAGAACCCUGCACCGCGGGCGCAGACUGGAUGCCAAGGCCACGCUUUUGGCUGAAAGGGGCGCUGCCAGGUGCACAGCCCUGGGCAUGAGCCUUUUAAGCUGCGGAGGAAAGCUCAGCACCGGUCCCAGGAAAGGUGCCUAGGAGACCACAGAGGAGGACCCCUGUGAUGGAGCCCGGAUGUGGAAGCCCUUCUGUGCUGCCCCACUGGCCCCCGCCUAGGCGGCAGCCGGCCCUGUGGCCAACCCUGGCCGCUCUGGCCCUGCUGAGCAGCGUCGCCGAGGCCUCCCUGGGCCCCGCGCCCCGCAGUCCCGCCCCGCGCCUCGGCCCCGCUCCGGCCCCGGCGCCCCCCACCGGCCACCUGCCCGGGGGCCGCGCGGCCCGCACGUGCGGCGGAAGAGCCCGGCGGCCGUCGCCCCAGCCGCCCCGGCCCGCGCCCCUGCCGCCCGCGCCCUCGCCGGCGCUGGCCCGCGGGGGCCGCGCGGCGCGAGCCGGGGGCCGGGACAGCCGCGCGAGCCGGGGGAGCCGCACGCGGACGGCGGGGGCGCGGGGCUGGCGGGGCUGCCGCCUGCGCUCGCAGCUGGUGCCGGUGCGCGCGCUCGGCCUGGGCCACAGCUCCGACGAGCUGGUGCGUUUCCGCUUCUGCAGCGGCUCCUGCCGCCGCGCACGCUCCCCGCACGACCUCAGCCUGGCCAGCCUGUUGGGCGCUGGGGCCCUACGGCCGCCCCCGGGCUCGCGGCCGGUCAGCCAGCCGUGCUGCCGCCCCACGCGCUACGAGGCGGUCUCCUUCAUGGACGUCAACAGCACCUGGAGAACCGUGGAUCGCCUGUCGGCCACUGCCUGCGGCUGCCUGGGCUGAAGCCUCGCUCACGGGGUUGGCGGACUGCACCCUUACCCGCGGCUUCUGGCGCCCGGGGCCCUAUCGCAGGAGAGCCCGGGGUGGGGUGGGGGCGGGGGGUGGCUCGGGCCUCAGCCCAAAACCGAGGCCUCUGCCCGGUGAAUGAUGGCCAUGAGCCCCCGAGAGAUAUAGGGACUACGGGCCUGGGGCCCUAGGGUCCUCGCCCUGCCAGUCCCAGCCCUGCAGACACCAGACACCUCAGCUGCGGAGACCUUAGGACCCGCUUCGCACAGACUCUGGCACUGACUCGGCCACGGCCCCCUGGCCUCAGCCCAGGCCCUGGGGGCACAGAAUCGGAGGAGACACACGGCAAUCACAUUGCCCACGAGGGCCUGGACUCACUCGUGGGAGCUGGACCCCUAU